AUGGAACGCCAGAACGAUGGAUAUGACAAGGACUGGGAUAUAGAUUCAGCUCUCACUCUGAGGGAGAGAAUGGAGAAGGCCAAGGAGCUGUACCCGGGAUCCAAGGACUGGGCCCAUGAUGAGGCGCGACUGUUUGAGAUUCUCUAUCUCAGGCAGGAUCUUCCCAUGCUCCCCUCGCACUGGAACAUUGACUUCCGCGGCUUCCCCAUCCCGGAGAACAUAUUUGCCACGUCUGAUGAAUUCGCACCUAUCGUCUAUGCGCACUCGACAGGUGGCUCGAGGGAGUUUUCCGCUACCGCUGCUAUAACUCGUCUCAUAGAUCUCACCAUGGCCGUGAGGACCGUCAUGGAGGCUCCGUCACCCCACAAGUCCAGGGAUAAGAAAGCUGUCCGCCGCAGCGCCGCACAUCUCAUCCACGACUCGCUAGAUAGGUUCUGCGAAUGGGCGGCUCGCGAUGGCGGCUACGACAAGCUCAGCGUUGUCCCCAACCUUGCCGUCGAGGUUAUUGAAGCCCCGGAGAAACAGCACGACCUCGUGCAGUCCAUGACGGAGCGCAUGCAUGAUCUCGUCAGGCUGCAGCAAGAAUUCUACCGUGUUGACCGUGACCCGGAUUUCUGGUCUACGUUCGAGCCGCACCUCACUGGUAGCAGCAGCAAGCGACCCGGGAUUCGGCGGUCGAGUUUGAAGAGGAAGAGGGAGAGUAGCAAGAAGCCCGCUAGCAUCAAGCGACAGCGUCUGGACUUUGAAGACGACACCACGCCGCCCAGCACCCCCGAUCUGCUCUGGGACGACAACGACCAAGCGGUCGCCUCGGCCGGGUCUACGCCAGGACCGCGUCCGCAGUCACAGGCCUCGGGAAGUGCCAAACGCCAAAGAAUUGGCACCUCCACCCCCAGCCCGGGCGUCGACAGGUCGGCUGAUUUCCGCCUCCCCGACCCAGAGACGCCCAAAAUCAUAAAGUCGGAACAACCUGACGAUGAGGCAGACGGUAAAAACAGCACCAAAACAACCAUCAAGACGGAGUCGCCACCAACGCAGCCAAGGUCAGGCACCGCAACAACCUCCGCCACGGCCAUCAACCCGCCACGCACACCGUCCUCCGAACCUGAGUACAGCCGCAGACCACCCGUCGUGUACGGCCUGUUCAUCAUCGGCACUUCCGUCUUCCUCUUGACUGCUGAUUCCUCCAAGGGAGAAGACGGCUACAUCAGCUUCCACGUCGAUAUCAACUUUUCCGACAACCACCAGAGUGUCUGGAACGCCCUGACGGUGGCCAUUGCCGUGUGCUCGGCUCGCGACGAGCUCAGGUCGCGCCUGGACGACUUUGACCCAGCGUCUAUCGAGUAUGACAGUGAUCCAGACGCAUGA